AUGAGCGAACGGAGACCAUCUGUAUAUGAAGAGCCCUCUUCUCUUCCAAAUGCAGCAGAAACAGAAUCAGCACUAAAACCACACGAUCUUGAAGUAUUACGUCGACAAUACCAACGGGAAUGGCCCUUUGUAAGUACACAGACAAAGUUCAACUAUGCAUGGGGCCUUGUCAAGAGCCGAACGCGGUCAGAACAACAGGACGGUGUAAAACUUCUUUCAGAAAUAUACAGAGAGUCUCCAGAACGCCGUAGAGAAUGUCUUUACUAUCUUGCACUCGGCCUCUACAAACUAGGAAGCUACAGCGAUGCUCGCCGCUAUAACGACCUUCUUCUCGAUAAAGAACCCGACAAUAUACAGGCACGUCAUCUCCAAGCACUCAUAGACCACAACGUCACAAGAGGCAUCUAUUCUUCCCUUUUAUCUCUACUAACUUCUCCUCCAGAAGGCUAUUUCGGCAUGGCCAUCAUCGGCUCUCUUCUUGCCUUAGGUGGCCUCGUCAUCGGCACCUGGGCUCGCCGCAGAAAAUAG